AGAGGGAGAGAGGAUGGGGAAGGGAAGAGCACCUUGUUGUGACAAGACCAAAGUGAAGAGAGGUCAAUGGAGCACAGAAGAAGACUUGAAACUCAUCACUUUCAUUCAAAAGUUUGGUCAUGAGAACUGGAGAUCUCUCCCUAAAAAAUCUGGUCUGUUGAGGUGUGGGAAGAGUUGUCGUCUAAGGUGGAUCAACUACCUUAGACCAGAUGUGAAGCGAGGUAACUUCACUCCAGAGGAGGAAGAAACAAUCAUCAAGCUUCACCAGAACUAUGGAAACAAGUGGUCGAAAAUCGCUUCUAAACUUCCAGGAAGAACAGAUAACGAGAUCAAGAAUGUGUGGCAUACCCAUCUAAAGAAAAGACUUGUUCAGAGCUCAAAAACCUCACCAUGUUCAAGUGAUUCUGUCUCUUUUGAGAAAGACGAAAAGUCUCAAGCAGAAGAUUGUUUGAACAUAAAGACCUCUCAGGACUCUACUACUUCAGUGUCUUCUGGUUCAAAACAGGAAAAUGAUCCGAGUAUAGGCCUCCUGCUUAGUGACAUUAUUCAAGAGGUUGACAAACCAGAUCUACUAGAGAUCCCUUUUGACUCAGAUCCUGACAUAUGGAGUUCCGUAGAUAGUUCAAACUCAGUUCACCAAUCUGGUGCAAAUGAGUUCAGAGCAGAAGAAGAGUCUGAUGAGGAUGAAGUCAAGAAGUGGUUCAACCACCUUGAAAAUGAACCCUACAGGCUCAUGAUGAUACAUUAACAAAUCCAAUUUAUGAUUUACUAUAUGGUUUAAAAGCAUAUUCUAAUUCAGGUUAUCAAUAUUUAAAGAA